AUCUUUAAGAAAAAAAAAAAAAGCACAGAAUUAUAUAAACAGUCUGAAAAACCACAACUUUAAGAAUAGACCUUCACUAUCACUAUCAGUACUAAUAACAAUCAUGGUUUAUCCAGAAAACAAAAUUACUUUUCUGACUAACUGGGAGGCUACUGCUUAUCACGCUCCUAUAUAUUUGGCUCAAAAACUUGGUUUUUUUGAAGAACAAGGCAUUCAAGUUGCCAUACUCGAACCUAGUAACCCCUCCGAUGUUACUGAAAUUAUUGGUGCUGGUAAAAUCGAUCUUGGUUUGAAAGCCAUGAUUCAUACGAUUGCUGCCAAGGCUCGUGGUUACCCUCUUGUCUCUAUUGGAACUCUUUUAGAUGAGCCUUUCACUGGUGUUAUUCAUUUAAGCAAUAAGAGCGGUAUUACUGAGGAUUUCAAUUCUCUUCGUGGCAAACGUAUUGGCUACGUUGGUGAAUUUGGCAAGAUCCAGUUGGAUGAUUUGACUCGCCACUUUGGUAUGACACCCAAUGACUACACUGCUGUUCGCGUUGGUAUGAAUUGUGUCGAUGCCAUCAAGCGCGGUGAGGUAGAUGCCGGUAUUGGUAUUGAAUGUGUCCAGCAAGUUGAAUUGGAAGACUAUGCUGAAGAACAAGGUUGGGGACGCGGGGUUGUGAAAAUGCUCCGUAUCGACCAUCUUGCCAAUUUGGGUUGCUGUUGCUUUUGUUCUAUUCUGUACGUCGGUAAUGAAGAAUUCAUCAAAAAUAAUCCAGAAAAGGUUCAGAAAUUUAUGCGUGCUGUUAAGAAGGCUACCGACUACUUGAUUACAAAUCCUAAAGAAGGCUACCGAAAAUAUACUGAAGUCUUUCCUCAUUUGGCCUCUAGCACCAAUAGCAAGAUUUUUCAACGCUGUUUCCGCUAUCUCUCUCGCGAUCUUAAGAACGUUAUCCGUGAUUGGAAUAAGGUUACAGCUUACUGUAAGCGUUUGAAUAUAGUCGGCGGAAAUUUUGUACAAAAUAAGACAAACCAAUUUCUGGAUUGGGAAUUGCUCCCUGAAGGGCCUGGUGGUGUGGAACCUGAUACCGUCGAUACAAAUGUUGUUGAAGGUGGUGCUUGCAUGUGUCUUCAUCCUGAUAUAUCCCCUCCCAAAAAUGCUACCAUCAAAGCCUAAUUGUCUACACGUAUACAUAAUCACUAAAGUGAUGAUAUAUAUUGAUUUGCCUUUAAUACACGUAAAUUUUUGCAUUGUGUGAAGCUUAAAAUACGCUUAAAGCAUUUUUUCGUUAUGAGUGGAAAUAUUCAAUAAUAAAUUGAAUGUAUGUCAGAAAAUGCUGUUCAAUAUUUUUUUUUAAAAAAAAAAAUAGAAAAUAAUUACACGUAUAUAGUAAGUUGUAAUAAAUGAAGAUAUG